UUGACGGCGCGCGGACCAGUGGUUGUGCGUGUGUGUGUGAAAUGCCUACAGUGUUUCGUGUCAUACACCAUGGAUAACAACAACAAGCGCAAAGGCUCUUGGGACUCUAAAACAUCCAAGUUUACAGACUGUUUCCGGAUCUCAGUGAGUUCCGUGAGCACCAGACCCUACUGGACCCGGUCUGAGACGCCUAGUUCGAUCCUCUCCUCGGACAGUGACAUUAGGUUCACCCGCAAACUCGGAGACCACUAUCGCUGCGGAUGCUGUAUUCUUGCUUCAUUCCUCGUAUUCAUCCUAGUCGGCACCCUCGCACUGUAUGCGGGAUACACAUAUCUUUCCCUGGAGCCUGGAGGAGAGCAGGUGUUCCGGGGCUUGUUCCGGGUGAUCCAGGGGGACAGUUACAUCCCCCCGCUGGCUGACCCCUCCACCCCGGAGUUCAAGAGAGCAGCAAGAGAGUACAGAGAGGGGUUGAACCUGGUCUACAGGAGGAGUCACUUUAGAUAUCCUUACUUGAAGAGUGAAGUCCUCGCCUUUGACGGGGAAGACAAUUCUGAUCUCAUAGUUCAUUUCAACUUGUAUUUCGACCCACGGAGGUACGAGAUACCUGCAGAGGAGCUGAAGAACAUCUUGGCGAGGCACAGUCAGAGUGUGUACCUUAACAACAGAACGUUGGACCUGAGCAGCAUACACAUAUAUGAGACCAGUCCAGGGGGACCUAGCAGUCAGAGUCCUAGCACACAGGUGACGACACAGCCCCCGCCAACAACCACUCCUGCCCCCCGCACCUGUUCCCCCCGUCAGCUGCCGUACUGUGCGGGGGUGACCAACAACAUCACCACCUACCCCAACCUUGUGGGACAUCAGAGCCUACAAGAGGUGAUGGACGAUGUCAUAGCCUUCAGAGAGCUGGUGGAUGCUGAGUGCUACAGACUUGCGUACCAGUUUGUCUGUCAUGUUCUACAACCUCCCUGUCUACCUGCUGAAGAGAGAGGAAGACCAGCAGCAAUGAUCCGGCCCUGUCGAGACUUCUGCCUAGACUUCUGGUCGGGCUGCGGACAGCGACUUCCUCUCAGGUUCCAGGAUGCUCUUGACUGCUCCAAGUUUCCUUCCUUCAGCACUGUCGGAGAGAUGUGUAUUAGCAAACCUGGUUGCAGAGAAAGUUUGGAGUUGAGGGAAUUAUCAGGACGACUGUGUGACGGUUGGCCAGACUGUGCAGAUCUGUCCGAUGAGUUGUUGUGUCCGUACUGUAGACCUGGUCACAUACAUUGUCCUGGCAGUGCUACUUGUAUACCUGCCUACAAGAGAUGCAAUGGUCAACCCGACUGUCCCGACCACAGCGAUGAAAAAGCUUGCUUGGCAGUGUCCCCAAGUAUCGCUGAGAUGCCAGCUUUACGAAGUGCUCACCCUGGCCCUUCAGUAGCAUCUGGUCACGUAGUCUUCAAUGAGAAAGGCUCUCUAGGCAAGCUGUGUGUAGACAACCUCAACCAUUCUCUUGCUGGGCUCAACCAGACAGACGUCUUACUCAAUGUGGCUACUUCGCUCUGUAGAACUCUUCUGUUCCAGAGCGUAGAAGAGUUCCACUUGGAGACAGACACGGAGGCGGGUGUCAGGAACUAUGUGCAGAUGGAGAAUCCGCUAGCAGAACAGAUCACCUUCGUACAGGUUCCCUGUCCUGGUAGAUCAGUCCUCCACCUCACAUGCAAGGAUGCCGAGUGUGGUAUCCAACCAGCUCACAGAACCACAGGUGUGGAAGGUCUUGGCAAGAUGGCUGCCCUAGGAGACUGGCCAUGGCAUGCAGCCCUGAUCAAAGAUGGUGUCCAUGUAUGUGAUGCUACUAUGGUCCAUCCCCAGUGGCUUCUAACCAGUGCAUCCUGCUUCCAAGGGCAACAGAAGGCGGAGUGGGUGGCGAGGUUCGGAAGUGUCCGGCUCACAUCCACAACUCCGUGGCAGCAAGAGAGACACAUCGUGGGGAUGACAAAGUCACCAGUGGAGGGCAGCACCAUGGUCCUUGUGAAGCUGGACUCUCCGCUACAAGUGUCUGACUUUGUUCGACCAAUCUGUCUGCCUCGUCUUGGAGCACAGCCCGUGUACACCAGCUGUCACACGCUGGGUUGGACAAGAAAUAGGGAGGUGCUUCAGAGGGUGGAGCUACUUGAGAGCAAUAUGGACCAAUGUGCCAACAUUAGCAUCAUGUCUGUGAAUGCUCUAUGUGCCAACAGUGUGUACUCCAUGGAAGACUGCAGUGAAGAAGAGCUAGCUGGCAGUCCAAUGAUAUGCAUCGACCGAGACCAUUGGACUCUAGUAGGCAUUACCAACUGGAGGAUAGCUUGUGCUGCGGCCGGCAGUCAGCGACCUAGAAUGUACGACAAGACGACACCCAACGUUGACUGGAUACUUACCACCAUAAAGGCAGAUAUUUGAUUGAAGGUGUAAACCUAUAAAACGUUGAAACUUUGUUUUCAAAACUUGGCAACAGUAAAGAAAUGAAUCAGUAUAGUUUUUUGAGUCAUUUUUUCUCUCUUGAAACAUAUAGGACAAAAAAUCAUACCUUGGAAUUAAAUUGCAGCGAGGUACAGUUUUUAAAUAUGGGUGGAACUAGAAAGAUUAAAGUUUUGGAAACAAAGUUGUAGCAUGUACGGUAAUAAGGAAUUUACACUUUGACUACAAGUUAGUAGCUGUAAUGAUACUGUUUUAAGUAUCCUGGAAAUGAAAGUUAACUACUAAAUUUCCUUUAUUUCUACAAGCUAUUCCGUAGACCGGAAUCUGGGUUUUGAGUUAAAAAAAAUACUUAGAAAAUAACGUUUAAAGGGUUAAUCAGUUUGAAUAAAUUUGACCAACGUAAAGAUAUCUAUAUUGUCAGAUGUAGCCAGAAUAGUUAAAAGAGAGAUGGACGAAACUAAAGGUCAUAAAAAGUUGACCUAUCAGUGUAAAGGUUUGAAUUAAAAUAAAGUUUUCUUUUUACUAUACAACUGGCUACAACUAUAUGCAUUGGAAUAGUAUCAACACAAAAAUACAUGAUAGCAGUGUGUUUAAUCAAAGCAAUUAAGAUUAUCCAAAAAAUGUAAAAAUGUUUAUCGUAGACAAAAAAUCUUUAUCGUUCAACUUUGACCACUCUAUAGCUCUUUAAAGACAUUUUCAAAAGUAAAAUUGUGAACUUUUUCAUCACUGGUUUUCAAUCCACAAAUCCCACCCAGCCAAUUGAUCAUUUAAGAAUAAAAAUUUAUAGGUUUAGUUAAUCUUGUCUUAGCCUUGAAACUUAUAACCAAAGCUCAAGUAACCACAAUCCUAGUGUUAAAGAAAACUCAAAUUCAUAAAUCAAAUGAUACUUGUUAGAACCGUAAGACUAAUAAUGAAUGUAAUUAUAAAUAAACCAUAUACUUUGUCCUAGAAAUAUUGUAUGUAGAUAGCAUGAGUAUGAGUCAUUUACUCCAAUAAUCUGUCUGUAAGUACGAAGAAUAUUUCUUGUGUGAAUUUCAAAGUUUACCAAUGUUGGUGACUAACACCAUCAUUGAUCAUGUUGAAGCAAUUUUGUGUUAUUUAUUUUAUAUACUAACUUAGUAGUACUACUAUUUGUACAUAUUUAUUUUGUAAUUAAAUAGUUUUGUAAAGAUGAUUUAUUAUUGUG